GAAAUUCUUGGGUAGUUCCAGUCGUUUAGUUGGAGUUGACCAUGGCUCAACCAAUUCCAUGUUGCCUGCCUAGUUUUGGCAGUGCCCACGCCGGGCCGAAGCGGCCUGCGUCCCUAAGGACCAGAAUAAGUCCUGCGCAGACCGCCCAGUUACUGUCGGCUUGGGACCAGGGUCAACUAGACCCCCUACUCAACGCCUCCUGGGCUUUACUGCUACACCACUACACCGGCCUAGAAGACAUCUGCUUCGGCUAUCAACCAUCGUCAUCGCCCACCCUUUUUUCUUCAACUACUGCACAUAAUGACCUUAAUCCCUUAAUUUUUAAUCUAUCCAUUGCCGAGGAUGACUCCGUCCACAGCGUUCUGCGCAGAGCAGAAACCAAGCACCGCGACCUUGAGGUUGGUGACGCUGAGAAACGCGAAAUCACCACCCCGAUCUACAACGGCCACACGUUGUUCAAUACCGUUCUCAUGCUACGCAACUGUCUUUUGCCGGAUGAUGUGCGCAUCUUCUUCGAGUAUUGGAACCACGAUUUGUCCACCGAGCACGUGAAGUGCGUCGCCGACUAUUUCGAGCAGAUUCUCGCCCGCGUACUGUCGGCGGAAGAUACGGCCGCCAAUGACCUGACCCAUUUCUCGGAUCGCGACUGGGCGCGUGUUUGCCGGUUCAAUUCGGCCAUGCCGGUGGCGUACGAUCGUUGUAUUCAUGAAGUCAUCCAGGAGCAAGUCCUGGUUCGCCCGGAGAGUGAAGCGGGAGUUCGACCCGAAACAUGCGUCGCCCUUUGCUUUGAUAAGUCGAAAUGGAACAUCGUGGCAAUGUUGGGUGUCUUGAAGGCCGGCGGGGCUUUUGUUCCCCUGGAUCCAACGCAUCCUCUUACUCGCCUCCAGUCGCUGGCGGGCGCCGUAAAAGCCAAGAUUCUGCUUUGCUCUAGAAGCCGUGCUCAGGCUCUGAGCGAAGUCACAGAAACCAUCAUCCCCCUCGAUCAAGAAAUUAUUGACGGACUCCCUACUCCCAGCGAGUCCACCGGGGCUCUACCGCACGUGGAAGGCCGCAACGCUGCCUAUGUGAUAUUUACUUCUGGAUCUACCGGAGAACCAAAGGGAACUAUGCUGGAACAUCGAGCCUAUGUUUCUGGCGCUAUCGCUCACGCUCCACCACACAACCUGUAUUCCACCUCCCGUGUUCUGCAGUUCGCAGCGCAUACGUUCGAUGCAAGUCUCGUCGAAAUCCUUACCACUCUGAUAGUGGGUGGUUGUGUCUGUGUACCGAGCGAGGAGGAACGUUUGAGUGAUAUAGUCAAGGUUAUAAACGACAUGAAGAUCAAUCACGCCAUUUUGACGCCUUCGUUUGUCGAGUUUGUCGACAUUUCACUUGUCCCCGGGUUGGAGACACUCAUCCUGGCUGGUGAGGCGAUGUCAAAGGCUCAGAUGGCGACCUGGUCGAAGAUCCGUCUUAUCAACGCCUAUGGACCGACUGAGAGCUCUGUCGCCGCUGUGGUCAAUUCCAGAGUUACCCCCUCCUCCGAUUGCAGGGACAUCGGUUUCCCUGUUGGCGUCCGUUGCUGGGUAGUGGACCCUAACAACCAUGAUCAGCUUGUCCCUGUCGGCUGUCCGGGUGAGCUCCUACUGGAGGGACCGACGCUUGCUCGUUGCUAUCUGAACAAUCCGCAAAAGACGAACGAUUCCUUUAUCUACGACCCAGGCUGGACUAAACUUGAUGCAACCCACAAUGCUAACCGCAGGAUCUACAAGACGGGCGACUUGGUAAGAUAUAACUCCGAUAAUGGCUCACUGACGUACAUAGGACGCAAGGAUACGCAGGUCAAGUUUCAUGGUCAAAGAUUGGAGUUGGGGGAGAUCGAGAAUCAGCUGGCCGCCGACCCGAACAUCAAGCAUUGUUUAACAUUCCUGUCGAAGUCCGGAUUCUCAACAGGCAAACUCGUUGCGGUGCUUUCUCUUUCAGUUCAGUUCGAAGGACAACAAAGUUCGAACGCUGCGCCACUGAAGCUCCUCGAACCGGCCAAAAAGGCACCCAUCGUCGCAGAAGUCCGCGAGAGAUUAUCGAGCCGUCUUCCUACGUACAUGGUUCCGGCGGUGUGGCUUUGCGUUGAAUCGCUACCUUUACUCGCGUCUGGAAAGCUGGAUAGAAAGGCAACGGCAAAGUGGAUUGGGGAGAUGACUGAGGAUCCAGAUCGACAGGCUGUUGCUCUGGAGGCCGCGGACGCGACCAUGCUCCCUGUCAGCACCACCGAGGAACAGCUGGCUUCGAUCUGGAGCCGUGUCCUCAACAUUCCUAGGAGUCAGAUCGGAGUGAACCAAGGCUUCUUAAGUUUGGGUGGUGAUUCCAUUGCGGCUAUCACUUGUCUGGGAUACUGCAAGAAGCAAGGGAUGGGUUUGACAGUGCAGGAAGUACUCCACAGCAAGUCGAUCAGAGAACUAGCAGCACGCGUGAAGCGGAUCGACCAGUCGAUUGUCUAUGAAGAAGAGGUUGAGAAGCCUUUCGAUCUAUCUCCGAUUCAGAAGCUUCAUUUCACUGUUCGGCACGAGGGCCAAGGCCACUUCAACCAGAGUGUGCGCACCCGCUUGAACAAACACAUCGAAGAACAUGACCUGCGCCGCGCCGUUGAGACAAUCAUUAGCCGCCACUCUAUGCUCCGCUCUCGUCUGGAAGAGAAGGAAGAUGGUACUAUCCAGCAGCGGAUUACCGACGAAGUGGCGGGCUCUUACCGCUGGCGCACACAUGAUACUAUCAGCCAGGAUAAGAUGGACGAGGCCAUUGCGGAUAGUCAGACAUGCAUCGAUGCCUUCCGGGGGCCGUUGUUCGCUGCCGACCUCUUCUAUGAGAAUGGCAGUACCAGUCUGCUGUCGUUGGUUGCUCACCACAUGGUCGUGGAUAUUGUCUCCUGGAGAAUUAUCCUGGAAGACCUGGAAGACUUGCUAGUGCACCCCGAUCAACCCGUCGCGCAGAACGGAUCUCUUCCCUUCCAGAAUUGGUGCCAAUUGCAAGCCGAACAAUGCCAACCUUCGGAUUCGACAACACUGGAAGAGUUGCCUGAGACACCGGCGCCUGACUACGAAUACUGGGGGCUUCAACAGAAACAAACAACCUACGGCGAUGUCGACUGCGAGACUUUCGAGCUUGAUGCUGAAAGCACCCGCUCUGUCCUGAUGGACUGCCAUCAGAGCCUGGCGACAGAGCCAAUCGACAUUUUCUUGGCUGCGCUUUUGCACUCCUUCGGACAGACAUUCAAGGACCGCUCCCUGCCCGUCAUUUACAACGAGGGCCAUGGACGGGAGGUCUGGGAUUCGACCAUCGACAUUUCGCGUACUGUCGGAUGGUUCACGACUUUGUACCCAAUUCUUCUCCAGGCGCUCCCAGCAAAUGACUCAUCUGAGACAGUUAUCCGCGUCAAGGAUAUCCGUCGUCGUAUCUCCGAUAAUGGCCGACAGGAGUUUGCUCGGCGCGUACUGACAACUCGCGAGGACGGAACCUGCCUGCACUACAGUCCCAUGGAGAUGUCGUUCAAUUAUGUAGGUCAGCACCGUGACCUUCAAAGGAAGGACGGUCUCUUCCAGCUCAUGGAUCAAAUGGCCGGAGAAUCCGGCCGAGGUGGAGGGUCAGCGGACUUUGGUGCUGACACCCCUCGGUUCGCGCUCUUCGAAAUCUCUGCCAUGGUUGUCAAGGAAAAACUCCGCUUUAUCUUCUCCUUCAACAGGUACAUGCAGCAUCAAGAACUCAUUAAGGAAUGGGUCAGAUCCUGUCAGUCUUUGCUCCAGUCCAUGGGUGAAAGUCUCCAGACUGUCCGUCCGAAGCCCACCUUGAGCAGCUUCCCUCUACUCAAGCUUACAUACGAUGAACUCGAUGCUAUUGUGUCGAAGACACUCCCGAGCGUGGGCGUGGACUCGAUUGAAAACGUGGAAGACAUCUACCCUUGCUCGGAGAUGCAGCAAGGUAUUCUGCUGAGCCGUUCCCGAGACACUACUCUCUACGCCGUGCACGACACUUUCGAGGUGACAGGGCUUAGGGGCAAACCCAAUGUGGAUCGUUUGACGGCGGCAUGGAAAAGAGUUGUAGCUCAUCAUGGAAUGCUGCGGACCCUGUUUCUGGAGAACCUGACGAGCAGGGACCUUUUCUGCCAGGUUGUCUUAAGAUCCUACGACUCCCAACCUCAAUAUUUACGAUGCGCGUCCGAAGCAGCUGUGCUGCCUACCCUUGAUGCACAGCCUGCGGCGGUCUACGAUAACUCUCACCCGCCCCACCGAUUUACCAUCUGCGAGACAGCCAACGGAAGGCUGUUUUGCAGGCUUGAGCUCAGCCACGUUGUCAUGGAUGGCACUUCAAUUUCAAUCAUCGUUCGGGAUCUUCAACUGGCCUACCAAGGCGAUAUCGAAGAACCAAAGCCCGACUUCAAGAACUACAUGCAGUAUCUGCGUGGGAUGUCACCGAAAGCCAGCAUUGACUAUUGGCGCUCGUAUCUCACGGACAUCAAGCCUUGCCAUUUCCCUAUGCUAAAUGAUGGAAACGCUUCCACCAGAGAAUUGCGCACCAAGCGGCUGGGCUUGCCUUUCUUCAAGGAGCUCCGGAAGGGUUGUGAAGCAAAUGGCCUUACAUUGCCCACUGCCUUCAGCACGGCGUGGGGCUUGACGGUUCGCUCGUUCUGCAACUCCAACGAUGUCUCCUUUACCUACCUUGCCUCAUUGAGAGACGUUCCUGUCGAGGGAGUCGAAUCUGUUGUUGGACCUGUCAUCAACACACUAACCUGUCGCAUAAAGUUCUCUGAUGAUGUGUCGCUCAAGGAUAUCCUCUCUGGAGUCCAGAAUGACAACAUUGAGAACUUGCCUUACAGACACCUUUCGCUCGUGGACAUUCAACAGGCACUUGGACUUUCGGAUUCCUUGGUUAAUAGCGGAAUUUCUUACCGGAAACUCCCAAAUGCGACUGGGUUGGCAAGAGAGGAGAUCCGUCUCUCGGAAUUUGGAACCAUCCACGACCCGGCUGAAUCGCCUGUGUUCAUUAAUGUUGAAGCGACCGAUGAUGAUGCCAACAUUGAUUUGAACCACUGGACAGAUCAUCUCUCGGUCGGACAAGCAGAGCAUGUUGCCAGCACAUUCCUCAAAUCUCUCGAGAACAUUGCGUUCCACAUCAACGAGGACGUUCGCAAGCUUGACAACUUCAGCGAUUUGAACAAGCAGCAAAUCGAGGCCUGGAACAAGCAUAUGCCGGGCGCUGUAGAUAUCUGCAUGCACGAACUGAUUGAGGCAUACGCCAAAUCCACCCCGGGUUCAUCUGCUAUAGUUGCUUGGGAUGGAAUUUUCAGUUAUUCCAAGGUUAACGAGUUGACUGCAAUCCUUGCAGUCUACCUCACCACGCUAGGCGUAAUCCCUGGCGACAUUGUGCCGAUUGACUUUGAUAGAUCUGCCUGGCAGAUCAUUGCUAUUUUGGCUAUUUCCAAGGCAGGAGGUAUCUGCGUUCCAAUGGAUGCUCACUCGCAGCAAUCCCUUGAGGACUGGUCGGUCAUGGAUGAGGCACAGGUUGCUCUUGCGUCGCCAGCCCGUGCACAGCUUCUGGAAGGCACUGUCCCAUACGUCAUUCCCGUGGAAGAGUCUCUGUUCGACUUUUUACCCCAGACAGGUAUUGGCGCGCAAUCACCCGCUGUCCCGUCGCAAGAUGGAUAUGUGGUGUUCACUACCUCGAGCUCCAAGGCCGUUGUGCUCAGCCACCGCGCAAUCAUGACUCGGGCCAAAUUCUUCGCAUCGGAGCUUGGAUUGAAUAACAAGAAUCGUCUGUUCCAGUCGGCACCUUACACUUCGGAUAUGUUCCUCCAGGAGACUUUUGGUACAUUCUUGGCUGGUGGCAGUGUCUGCAUCUCGUCGGAUACUAGUAUGGUAAAUCUCGCACGCGAAUCUAAGAAGCUGCAGGCAAAUACCGUCAGUCUUGCUACCUCAGCCGCUUCGAGCCUGAAGCCAGCGGCUCUUUCUGGCGUGGAAGUUCUUGCUUUAUGGGGCGAGGGCUUGACGAAGAAGCUUGUUGACGUUCUACCUCAGAGAGUCAAGCUUCAUGCCUUCUAUGGAACCACCGAGUCCUCCUCUUCUUGCAUCCAAACCUCUGUUCUGGAAACAUCCGACGGCUUUCGCACAAUCGGUUUCCCUGUGGGAUGUAUCCCCUGGUUGGUUGAUCCCAGCAACUCUGAUGUCCUCGUUCCAGUUGGAUGUGUGGGAGAGUUGGUCGUCGAGGGUCCUUGCCUUACUCGUGGUUACCUGAAUGAUGAAGAACAGACGAAGAAAUGCUUCAUUGAGAACCCGAGAUGGGCACUAGGCCAUGAUGAGGAAGCUGCUGUUGAAGGUUCCGGAACAUCCCGUUGGCUGUUCAAAACCGGAGACCUUGCUCGUUACAACUCUGAUGGCUCUCUUGUGUACGUGGGCAAGAAGGACGGAGGAAGUCGAACGGACAUUCUGCAAAUUGAGCAGCGCAUGUCAAUCUUGACAUCCACGAAGACUCCUUAUGCCGUUGAAAGCAUUCACUUGAGCAGUGGGCAAGACUCUCGGGAGUCACUAGCCGUAUUCUUAUUCGAUGGCUCGAGCGCCGACGUGGCCGAAAACCAGGUUAUCGCGCCUAUGACUCCCGAGUUCCAUGAAAAUGCGAUCAAGCUGCAUUCUCAACUGUCUCAUCAACUACCUGCAGACCAAGUCCCUAGGUUCUACUUCCAGGUGCCAAAGAUGCCAUUGACCUCUAGUGGUAAAUUGAACCGACAGCUCUUGAAAGACGCCUCCAACCGCUUGUCGGAGGCCGCUCAGCUUGUAUCUGAUAUCAAGGGCUUCAGUGACUUCUGGAGGUCGCAAUUAGCUAGGUCGCCCCAGCCUCAGCAGUUCUCUUCGCGCGCUAGCCCACCCAACGCACACUUUGCUAAGUACGGAAGACAAAGUGUGCAGAUUGCCUGGUGCGAGCCAAUCAAAUCUCUCAAGGCAAGCCCCAGAUCAGCCAUUCUUUCUGCCUGGGCUCUCACAAUGCAUGGCUAUAGCGAAUCUAGCGAUGUUGUGUUUGGUGAGCCAAUCUUAGAUGAUGCUGAAUCUUCGAUUGAGAACGUGCAGGUCGCGACUGUCGUGCCGCGGCGCUUUCAGGUUGACAGCAAUUCCACUGUUGCUGAGCUACUAGAAAAGACCGAACUCAGCCUGAGUGCAGCUCAGCCCUACCAGUGGGCGGGUCUUGAUCGCAUCAAGAGCCUCAACGCCGAUACCGCGCGCGCCUGCACCUUUGGAAGCUUGCUUUCGGUACUAGAUGGAAGCGUGCACUCGAAGUCGGAGACCCAAAUUCAGUCCCAUGAUGAAGUUAUUUCCUUCCCGUUGCUUGUAAAAUGUGUUGUUGAAGGGGACAAAUUGCAGUUGGCUGUCCGUUAUGAUGAAGCGGCUCUCAGCACCGCCCAAGUCGAGCGCUUGAUGGCUCGGUUUGUUGCUUGCCUGCGGGUUCUAAACUCCGACGCACACAUGACAAAGACGAUUGCGAGCCUUUCUGUAGCACAUGAAGGUUUCCGUACCUUCCAGGCUGGCAUCUCGCAAUGGAGGAGUUACCUAGCCGACGUCGAAUCAUGUCUGUUCCCGGUUCUGUGUGCUAACUCACCUGAGAAUGCACGUGCUCAAAAGACCCUGAGUAUCGACAAUGCGAGCGAUGUCCAAAGUUUCUGCCAGGACAACAAGAUUACGACAAACUCGCUUGUUGAGAUGGUCUGGGGUCUGCUUCUGCGUUGUUAUACCGGUAUGGAGGACGUUUCUUUCGGUAUCUCUGUACCAGUUACAAGCGAUGGAGACUUGUCCUUCAAAUUCUCCGACAAGGUUCCCUCAAGCAACGUCCUUGCCUGCAGACUGAAGCUGAACGACAACGUAACGCUUGAACAAGCUAUGCUGCAGCGCAGAAGCGACCGUGAGAGAAUGCUGCAGCACCAGUUGCCUUUCGAGGAAAUCCAGCAAGAGAUCGGAUUCGAGGACUCUAUCUUCAACACUGUGGUCAGAUACUCGGGGGUAUCCGUGGACACCGAUCUGAGCAAAUUUAUGAUUGUUCUCAAUGCCAAAUUCACGGAAGCAUCCGGCGAGGUUACGUUCGAGUAUUCCAACAAAGAUAUCUCGGAUGCUGACAUGGAGGGCAUCAUUGACAAUUUCGACCAUAUCAUGAACUCUGUUACUCAAUCCUCUCUGCUGGGCCGCACGAUCAGUGAAAUCGAUUUCUUCAACGAACGUUCGUGUCAGAAACUGCGUGAGUGGAAUGCCCACUUGGAAGAUCGUCCCGAGCUAUGUGCACAUGAGAUCGUUCGGCAAAAUGCAUUGGCUUAUCCCUCGAAGCCUGCCAUCUGUGCUUGGGAUGGUGAUUUUACAUAUGGUGAAGUUGAUGCUUUGGCGACUCGACUCGCAGAGCACUUGGCGAUAAUGGGAGUCAAGCCUGAAGUGUUCGUUGCGAUGUUCUUCGAGAAGUCAGCAUGGACUGUCAUUGCGCAGCUGGCUGUUUUGAAAGCUGGCGGUGCCUUCGCCUCACUGGACCCUACCCACCCAACCGAUCGUUUGAGUGGCAUGAUCGAGGAUCUCGGAACCAAUAUUAUCCUGUGCUGCGAAAAGUACCAAGAGAAGGCCUCUAGCAUCUGCGAAUCAACCUUUGUUGUCAGCAAGAGCACAAUUGAGCAGCUACCCGAGCCCACAUCUUCACAAAUUCAACCUGCCAACGUCAACAACCCGGCUUAUGUUAUCUUUACCUCUGGAACUACAGGAAAGCCGAAGGUCACUGUGCUGGAGCAUGUUGGAUUGAGCCUGGCUACUACAGGCCUUGGCAAGGGUCUCUGCAUGGACUCCACCUCUCGCGUCCUUCAGUUCUCAAGCUAUACCUUCGAUGUUAGCAUACUCGAGAUUAUUGUUGUUCUUGCACAGGGAGGCUGUGUGUGUGUUCCUAGUGAGGAAGAACGCAUUAACGAUCUGGCUGGAGCGAUCCAGAGGAUGCAGGUCAACUUCACGUGCUGCACUCCCUCUAUUGCUAACACUUUGGACCCCAAGACUAUUCCUUGCUUGACCACCCUUGCCUCAGGCGGAGAAAAGAUGUCCCCGGAUUUCCUUGAGCGCUGGUCGGACCGAUGCAUCCUCAACGCAUACGGACCUUCCGAGGCGACUAUCGCAGCCACUGCAGGCAUCAAGCGAGAGAAAACAGGAAAGCUUGUCAACGGCGAUGGCGCCUCGAUCGGCACUGCAAUCUUGGGCAGAACCUGGAUUGUUGACGCCCGAAACCACAACCGUCUUGUGCCUGUCGGUGCAGUUGGAGAAUUGGUGAUCGAGGGCUGCAACGUCGCGCGCGGUUAUCUUCACAACGAGGAAAAGACAAAGGCGGUCUUCAUCAACAGUCCAGAGUGGACGAGCCGCGAGGGUCUUAAGGCGAUCUUCCCGCGCAAAGAACGCAUGUACCGCACCGGAGACCUGGUGCGCUACAACCAUGAUGGCUCCAUCGCCUUUAUCUCUCGUAUUGAUACGCAGGUGAAGCUUAAUGGUGUGCGCAUUGAACUGGGUGAAGUAGAACAAGUGUGUGUUCGUAACCUACCAGAAUCUACACAGGUGGCUGUUGAAGUCGUCGCCCCGGAAUCGAAGGUUGUCGGAAAGUGCUUGGCGGCCUUCUUCACAGUUCCUGGCCACAGUCAGACGUGCGAGCACCAGGUGAUCGUUCCGAUGGAUGACUCCUUGGUGGAGACCGUCAAGCAACUCCACGAAACCAUGACCAAGUCACUGCCCCCGGCGAUGUUGCCCAAACUGUUCUUCCCUCUUCACCGUUUGCCCCUUGGAUCUACAGGCAAGACUGACCGCAGAGCGCUUCGAGCUAUGGUUGACGCUCUUACCAAGGAGCAACUGAAGCCUUACGUUAUUUUCAACAUUGGCAAGAAGAAUGGUUCUGAGGUGGAGAUGCAGGGCACUGAAGGAGCUCUCAGGGCUCUCUGGGAAAAGGCCCUCAACCUUGCACCUGGCUCCGUUUCUGCUGAGGACAACUUUUUCGGCCUGGGCGGUGACUCUUUCUCGGCCAUGAAGCUCGUCGUUGCUGCCUCUGCUCAGGGCAUCUCACUCACGGUUGCUGAUAUCUACAAGACCCCGGUUUUCGUGGAUAUGGCAAAGAGCUGUGGAGCCAUGGAAUCUAGCACGGCUGUGGAGAACGUUGAGCCAUUCAGUCUACUGCCUGCCUCGGUUACGCAGGACGAAAUGUUGGAUGAAGUCGCUGAGCAAUGCGGUGUGCCCAAGCAGCUGAUCACCGACCUGUACCCCUGUAGUCCGGUCCAGGAGGGCUUGCUUACCCUUUCCAUCAAGCAGCAAGGAUCCUACAUCGCUCGGCCCGUGUUCCAGCUUGCGGAGGAUGUGGAUCUUGACAAAUUCAAGUCUGCCUGGCAACAAGCUGUCGACGAAAUGGACAUCUUACGCACUCGUGUUGUGCAUACCGAGGCGGCGAACUUCGUCCAGGCUGUCCUCGCAGAGGCGCCCAUUACUUGGGAUCACGCGAAGGAUUUCGACACCUUGACCAACGAGGGCUUCGACCUCACGAAGAAUGACGGAGGCUCACUCACGGGAUACGGAAUUGUCGAACCGGAGGACUCUCUGGAGCGCUACUUCGUUUGGACAGUCCACCACGCUCUGUACGAUGGAUGGAGUGUCUCCCAGAUUUUCAGGAGGGUGGAGGAAAUCUACCUGAACUCUUCGGUUUCCAGUCCUACCUUGCCCUACAACCUGUUCAUCAACCACUUGUUGCAGCAGGAUGCCUCCGCAUCAGACGAGUUUUGGAAGAAAUAUCUCUCGAAUCUUUCUUCUACACCGUUCCCGCAAAGCAAGGCAUCCUCCGAAGACGCUAUCCGCGUCGGAAACAGGCACUACAGUUCUGUCGCAAUUCCCCGUGUUUCCAACAGUCUUAGCCUAACAACACCGGAGUUGAUCCGUGCAGCGUGGGCGUUGGUAGUCUCCGUUCACACCGGAUCUGGAGACGUUUGCUUUGGUGAAACGCUUAUGGGCAGAAAUACUGACAUGCCGGGGGCCACGGACGUUGCCGGUCCAGUUCUGACCACUGUCCCUACCCGCAUCGUGGUCGACAACGACAUUGAGCUCGUUCAGUACCUGCAGAGCGUUCGCCAAUUGGCCACUGACAUGAUUCCGCACCAGCACACUGGACUUCAACGGAUCAAGAAACUCAGCAAGGACACGGCGCUCGCUUGCGAGUUCCAGAAUCUGUUGGUCAUUCAGUCGGACGAAGGCCAGCUCAACAAGAACGUUUGGGAGUCCAAGAACAAUUUGACCGAAGGGGACUUCUUUACCCACCCAAUCGUUGUCGAAUGCAAACUGGGCCAGACUCAAGUCGCAAUCACCCUUCACCACGAUGAGCUUGUCUUCGACAGCUGGCAAGCUGAAAUGCUCAUUGGACAGUUCAGCUACGUGCUGGAGCAGUUGCUUGCCAUCUCAAAAACGGAGUCAAGGAAGGUUGGCGAGUUGGAGGUGUCUAGCCCGGUGGAUAAGAAGCAAAUCGCUUCCUGGAACCACAGAAACCCUACAUGCGUCGACAGAUGUGUCCAUCACAUCAUUGAAGAGAAGGCCACCAUUCGACCCGACGCUCAGGCCAUCUGCUCCUGGGAUGGCCAGCUCACUUACCGGGAACUCCUUCAUCUGGCCUCCUCAUUCGCUGCUUAUCUUAGCUCUCGUGGAGUCGGGCCAGAAACUUUGGUGCCGAUUUGCAUGGACAAGUCUCUGUGGGCCGUGGUCACUAUUCUCGGUAUCUUGAUUGCUGGUGGCGCAUUCGUUCCUCUUGAUCCCCAUCAUCCCACUUCAAGACACCAAGAGAUCCUGGCAGAGGUCGACGCUCGGGUGGUUCUUUGCUCUCCCAAGUAUCAGACCCGUUACUCGGGUGCUGUUAAGACCAUCAUUCCCGUCAGUAAAGACACCGUGAAAGCGUACUGCGCGCUUGCCACCUCUAGCAUGAAGCCCUCUAGCCGUGCUACCCCCACAAACAUGGCCUUCGCCAUCUUCACUUCCGGAAGUACCGGUCGUGCUAAGGGUAUCAUCAUCGACCAUAAGGCACUUGCAAGCAGUGGUAUGGCGUUCGGCCCCAUGGUUCACAUGGACGAGAACACCAGAGCUUUCCAAUUCGCCUCCCUCACUUUCGAUGCCGCCGUCAUGGAAGUGCUCGUUACCCUUAUGCACGGAGGCUGUGUUUGUAUCCCAAGUGAAGACGAGCGUUUGAACGAUGUUGCCGGUGCUAUCAGACGCAUGGAUGUUUCGUGGUCGUUCUUGACUCCCUCCAUUGCUAGUAUCAUUGAGCCCUCUUCCGUGCCCUCUUUGAAGCACCUUGUCUGUGGUGGUGAGAAGAUGUCACGCGAAGUUAUUACCAAAUGGGCGCACCGGGUGAAGCUGAUGAAUGGCUACGGGCCUACCGAGACCACCAUUUUCGCAGUCAUCAACACGGAUGUUGCUGCCAUUCCCGAGCCCGCUUGCAUCGGCUACGGUAUUCCCUGUACCCUUACCUGGGUUGUUGACCCCGACAACCACGACAAGUUGACACCCUUGGGCGGCGUCGGAGAAUUGGCAUUGGAAGGUCCAGCGCUCGCCCGGGAGUAUCUCAAGAACCCUACAAAGACCGCCGAAGCGUUCGUAGACGAGCCCGCCUGGAUCAAGAGCUUCUCCAGCUCUCUGCCCGCUCCCAGAAGAAUCUACAAGACCGGAGAUCUCGUCAAGUACAACCCUGACGGAACUGUGCACUACAUCGGCCGCAAGGACCAUCAAGUCAAGCUCCACGGUCAGCGCAUGGAGCUUGGAGAGAUUGAGCAUCGUCUAUAUGAAGAUCCACGCGUCCGUCAUGCUGUUGUGCUUCUGCCAACGACGGGACCUAUCAAGCAGCGUCUGGUGACGGUGCUGUCUCUGAACUCGCUGACUGCCGAGAAGAGUAUCAUCUCUGACAAUGCCUGUGAACUUGUCCCCAAGAACCGCUCAACCCAGGCUGCAUAUCACGAGCUUGUCGCCAUUCAGAAGAGUCUUGAGUCCCAGCUGCCAAUCUACAUGGUUCCCCAAGCCUGGGCUCUCAUCAAGCAGUUGCCAAUGCUUGUUUCUGGAAAAUUGGAUCGAAAGCGCAUUACGGCUUGGCUGGAACGUCUUGACGAUGCAUCAUACGAGCGCAUCAUGCAGGAUUACGAUAACAUCAAGCGAGGAGAAGUGGUGGAGGAGGACGAGGAAAUUGUAGAGGAAGAGGAUACUGAGUCUUCGAUUAAGCUGCUCCGCGAGAUCUUCUCGCAGGUCCUCAAUAUUUCGGAGAACAAGGUCGAUCCUAACCGGUCUUUUGUCAGCCUAGGUGGUGAUAGUAUCACUGGAAUGGCUGUCAUCUCUCGCGCCCGCAAGCAGGGACUCACUCUCACCCUCCACAGCGUGCUGCAGAGCAAGUCAAUCAAGGAUCUCGCUCAGGCCUCUGACACCAAGGUUAAGGCUGUCAAGAAUGAGGAGAAGUCUGACGAGCAUUUCCGACUGUCUCCGAUCCAGGAAUUGUACAUGCAGUCAGCCACCCAGCUUAAGGGCGCGGCUCGCUUCAACCAGAGCAUGACUGUGCGUGUUACCCGCAAGUUAAAGCCGGAGGAUAUGAAGCAGGCUGUUCGCGCUGUUAUCGGACAGCACUCUAUGUUCCGUGCACGGUUCGCCAAGCUCCACGGAAAGUGGCAGCAGAAGAUCAUUGAUAAUAUUGAUGCCUCUUAUCGGUUCCGUCUUCACUCUGUGAGCAAUGAGAAGGAUAUUCUGCCUCUCAUUGCUGACAGCCAGUGUUCGUUGGAUAUCGAGACUGGGCCCAUCUUUGCUGCUGAUCUGUUCGAGAUCAAUGGAGGCCAGCAAAUUCUUUUCCUGACUGCCAGCCACAUGUGUGUUGACAUGGUGUCUUGGCGCAUUGUUCUGCAGGAUAUCCAGGAGUUCCUCGACUCUGGAUCGCUUUCGGGCGAGAAGCCCCUGUCCUUCCAGACUUGGUGCAGCCUUCAACUUGAGGAUAGCAAGAAGAGAAAGGGAACGCUUCAGCUGCCUUUCUCUGUCCAACCUCCCAACCUUAGCUACUGGGGCAUGGAGAAGUCUGCAAACUGCUACGGUCAGGUCAAGAUGGAGGGCUUCACUCUGGAUGCAGCUACAACUGCCCAGAUCCUUGAAUCAUGCAAGGCGGUUCUCCGCACCGAGACCAUUGAGGUCGUUCUCGCUGCCGUGAUCCAGUCCUUCCGCCAGACCUUCACUGACAGAAAGGUUCCGACAAUUUACAACGAAGGUCAUGGUCGCGAAUCAUGGGAUUCCUCCAUUGACCUUUCCAGAACGGUGGGUUGGUUCACAACCAUGUGUCCUUUGGAUGUCGGUGAAAUCACAGAUAUCCUCAGCACCUUGAAACAUGUCAAGGAUACAAGACGUCAAGUUGCCAACAACAGCCGGCCCUACUUCGCCGAGAAUCUUCUCCACAAGGAGGCUUCUGAUUUCCCAGUUCCGCUCGAGGUGCUCUUCAACUACCUCGGUCAACUUCAACAGCUUGAACGGGACGAUGCUCUCUUCAAGCACCACGGAGAGGCGUUCAACGCCGAGACUUUCGAGUUGGCGGGCGACAUGGGACCUGAAACGCACCGAUUCGCACUCUUUGAGAUUUCCGCACUGAUUAUCAAAGACCAGCUCCAGGUCUCGUUCACCUACAACCGCCACAUGCAGCACGAAAGCCGCAUUCAUGGGUGGAUCUCCGAGUGCAAGCGUGUCCUUCAGGAGGAUAUGCUUCGCCUGGGUGAAUCUGCGCCUGAACCUACACUCAGCGAUUAUCCCCUGCUGCCGAUCACUUACCAGGGUCUAGACAACAUGGUCAAGAAUGCCUUCCCCAAGAUCGGAGUUGAUAGCUGGGAUAAGGUCGAAGAUGUCUACCCUUGUUCGCCCGUGCAGGAGGGUAUCUUGCUGAGUCAACUACGCGACCCCCAAGGAUAUCUGUUCAACGUUAUCUUCGAGGUGCGUCCUCGGGAUAAGGGCGACAAGAUUGAUGCGAAGAAGCUUUGCAAGGCUUGGUCUAUGGUUGUCAACCGUCACCCUAUCCUCAGGACUGUGUUCAUUGACAGCAACUACAAAGGUGGUUCAUUCGACCAGGUGGUCACCAAAAACCUCGAGGACGAGGUAAUUGAGUUCCAGUGUGAAGAUUCCGAAGCACUGGGAACUUUGGACGCCAUCAAACUGCGGGACAUCAACGCCGAGCGGUCGAAUAAGCUUAAUCACCAAGUGAGCAUCUGCAGCACCUCUUCUGGCCGGGUUCUUCUCAAGAUCGAGAUGAACCAUGCCAUCAUUGACGGUGGGUCAGUGGACUUGAUCCUGAGAGAUCUGACGCUGGCCUAUAACGAUCAGCUGCCCGAGGGCUCAGGACCUCUUUUCAGCGAGUACAUUAAGUAUAUCAAGUCCCAGACUCAGGGCGAUGCUUUGGCACACUGGAUGAAGUACCUUUCCGGCGUUCAGCCCUGCCAUCUCAAGUUCUCGGGCGCGACCGGUGGUACCCGGACGCUCGGGGAGCGCUUCAUGGACUUCAAGCGCUUCUCUGAGUUGCAGAAGUUCUGCGAACAACACUCCAUCACUCUUGCAAACCUGACACUAUGUGCUUGGGCAAUCGUCCUUCAGAGCUGCACGGGCUCGGAUGACGUUUGCUUCGGCUACCCAUCUGCUGGACGUGACUCCCCCGUCCCCGGUAUCCAGGACGCCGUGGGUAUUUUUAUCAACAUGCUGGCCUGCAGAGUCAAGUUCAGCCCUGAGAAGACACUCGUGGAAAUUGCCAAGACGGUGCAGGAUGAUUUUAUGAAGAAUAUCGCCUAUCAGCACUGCUCCCUGGCCCAGAUCCAGCACGAGCUUGGCUGGCACGGAAAGUCGCUGUUCAACACGACUCUCUCCAUUCAGAACCGCACCGCCAACAAGGAUGCUGCCGACCGACCGAUCGGAUUCGAGAUGCAAAAAGCUUACGACCCGACCGAGUACCCUGUGACCGUCAACGUUGAGACCACCAAGGGUCGGGAAGGUAUCUUGUUGAGAUACUGGACCGAUUCCGUGACCGAGGACCAGGCCAAGGACUUGUCCGAUGCCAUUGCCAAGAUCUUUACGAGCUUCAUCGAGAAGCCGUGCAGACUCGUCUCGGACUUAGGUCUGCAUAGUCUGCGCCCGGCCUCUCAAUUCACCAAGGGUCCUCUCAUCGCGGAUCAGCUGAUCGACAACUAUGCGCUGCAGCAGUUGAUUGACAGCCGCGUGAACGAGAUUAUCGGUAACAUGCUCAAGGAAGGGAAGCUUGCCAUUCCGCUCGUCCAAAGACGGGAGGCAAGAUACUCAAAUAGCUCUGUCCACCUCAAGAUGGUGGAGGCUUCGGUCCGCGAGCCCGAAGCAGGUGAAAAUGAUUUAUCGGACUCGAUUCCUUCCCUGACCGACGAUGGGUCAAACUCCAGUGACACCGAAAGACGUCUCUGGGACCUCUGGAAGUCAACCCUGGGACUUACCUCGGACAACAUCGGCUACCGCGACAGUUUCUUCAAGCUCGGUGGUGACAGUAUCACCGCGAUGAAGAUGGUCAGCGCUGCCCGCGAGGAGGGAUUGCAGUUGACUGUCGCCGACGUCUUCGGUAAUCCCGUCUUCGAGGACAUGCUGGCUAUUGUCACGCCCCGAAGCAGCCCGACCUCCAAUGCUGAGACCCAGGGCGAGAACAAUAUUGAGAAGCUGCUCGAGACUGAUAUUCCGGAAGUCACGCAGGUUCAGCAGAAGACGAUGCCACGCCCAAUGGACCUCGAUGUGAUGUCUCUGCAGGAUGCCAUCUGCCCCAAGAUUGGUGUGUUCAAGGGCGGAAUCGCCGAUGUUCUCCCUGUCACUGAUUUCCAGUCUAUGUCAAUCGCCGCCACCCUGUUCGGGUCUAGGUGGAUGCUGAACUACUUCUUCCUUGAUGGAAACGGUCCCUUGGACAUCAGACGCCUCAGGGAAAGUUUCCUGCGGGUUGUCGAUGCGUUCGACAUUCUGCGCACCGUCUUUGUUGUUCACCGGGGCCAGUUCUACCAGGUGGUUCUGCGCAAGAUCCACCCGGAGAUCAUUGUUCACGAGACGGAGCAGACCCUUGACGAGUACACAGAUGGUCUCCAGAAGCGGGAUCGUGAGCAGGACCCCCGCCAAGGUGAGCAGUACGUGCAGUUCUACAUUGUCAAGCAGAAGAAGAGCGACCAUCACCGCAUCCUCAUCCGGAUGUCCCAUGCUCAAUUCGAUGGUGUCUGCUUGCCUAAGAUCAUGAACGCUAUCAAGCUGGGCUACGAGGGCAGCACCCUUCCCCCCGUCUUCUCCUUCUCCAACUACAUGCGGAUGCUGCCUGGCAACAUCACUCCGGCUCAUUACCACCACUGGUCUACGAUCCUCAAGGGAUCGAAGAUGACCGAGAUCGUCCGCCGCACGCAGCCCAACACUUUCUUGCACAUCGGCUCCUUUGCAGAGCACAAGAAGACCAUCAACCUUCCGUCCACUGCGAUUGGUAACGUUACGCUCGCGACAGUCAUGCAAUCCGCCUGGGCUAUUACCUUAGCCAAGCUGACUGCCCAAUCCGAUGUCGUCUUCGGGCUGACUGUCAACGGCCGCAAUGCCAGCGUCCCGGGCAUUGAGACCACGGUUGGACCUUGUCUUAACAUCCUCCCGAUCAGGGUCAAGUUCCGUGAGCACUGGACUGGUAUUGAUCUGUUCCGGUACCUCCAGGAUCAGCAGAUCGCCAACAUGCCGUACGAAUCUCUGGGAUUCCGGGAGAUCAUCCGCAACUGCACCGACUGGCCGCAGAAUACCUACUUCACGACGUCCGUGUUCCACCAGAACGUUGAGUACGAGGGCCAGAUGCAACUGGAUGGCGUUGACUACCGCAUGGGCGGCGUGGGAGUCAUCGACAACUUCACCGAUCUCACGCUGGCGUCGAAGUCGUGCGGCUCCGAGAAGCUCGACGUGUCGGUCGGCUACUCGCUCAAGGGGCCCAUCCCGCCCAGCUUCGUGCUGAAGGCCCUUGAGAUGGUGUGCGAGACCGUGCAGAGCCUGAUCGCCAACCCCAGCGUGCCACUUGCCUCCCCCUCCACGGUCCGCUCCCUCCCAAGCCAGGUCAUCCACGAGACGCCGCGCUCUUCCGACACCUCCUAUGAACUGUCCCGCCUCAACACCCGCAGCAAGGAGGAGAUCCUCAUCCACUCGGACAUCCUGACCCGGACCUGGCAGCAGGUGCUCCCGCGCCGGACCGCGGCCGGCUCCACCGCCAUCCCCGCCACCACCUACCAACUCGACUCCUCCUUCUUCGACCUAGGCGGCGACAUCAUGAACAUGGCGCAGGUCGUCUGGAUCCUGCAGCAGGAGGGCUUCCAAGUCCGCCUCGAGGACCUCCUGGAGCACCACACCUUUUUGGGCCAGUUGGCCGUCAUGGCCGAGCACCACAAGCAGUACCAGCAGCCGCCGCCGGCGGCAGCAGCAGCAGCCGAGGAUGCAACUCCCCCCGCCAUGGCCAGCCCGCUCUCAGAUGAGGAGGAGAAAACGGCCUCGCUGAUCAAGAGCGGUAGCUGGACUUCUCUCGGCAAGGCGGUGACGUUGGCGAAGCGGUUCACCAAAUGGGGUGGCAGUGUUGCUGCUCGGAAGUAGGAGACUUUCGUUUUUGGGGGUUCAGCCUGAAGGGCUUACCCAUUUAUCUAUGAUUAGAUGAACCUUCUUUUUCUUGGUUAUUCCCAUUCUCAUUUUGUUGGAUUGGUGUUUUGGUUUGAUUUGUGUAUAUAUGGUUUUUGGCUUGGGGUUGUGAUGUGGACAUAAAAUGUCUGUCUGUCUUGUCGUUCGUUAUCUGUGGUGAUAUCACAUUAUAGAGGACUUUUGUUUGUUAGUCGUCUUAGAG